UAAAAAUUAUUUACAAGACUUAUCGGAAACGUUACUAAGUAUCUUAUUCCGGAGAAGACAUCUCGCAUUUUCUCCGGAAAUAUAAUCGGAAAUAAUUAAUACUUCUUACAACUUAUAUAUUUAUUAAAAUGAGACUAAAUUAAUCCACUCUUUAACAAUAUAACUUCAUAGCAAUCUUCUUUAUUCCGUCUUUUAUGAUUGACGAUUACGCUAAUUUUUUACAUUAAAACUGAUCAGAAAAAAAUCAUUAUGUUAUGCAGCAAAUCAACCGUUUAGUGGUUGCAUGCCAGGAUACAAAUUGUGGGGUUAUGACAUUUGUAUUCGAUUGUACAAAGAGAGAAAGAACUGGUUUGAUGCUUCUGAGGAAUGUGGAAAAGGACGUGGAUAUUUAUUUACUCUCAGUAUUGAUCCCGAUAUAUCCAUACAAGAUUUAAAUUCUUCAUUUGAUUUUGAAUUUCCAGAGAUGUGGCUCGGAGGAUAUCGAAAUAUUGGCCGUUUUCAAUGGUUAGCUUUUUAUCCAAAUAUUAUAAAUACAUCAAAAGAAGUUCGAAUAUAUUGGGGCAAAGACGAGCCUAUAUUAGAUAAUGAUUGUUUAAGUGGUGAAAUGAAAGAAGGAAAUCUAAUACUUUAUAGCAGAGGAUGCCACGAAAAGAAAUCAUUUUUGUGCAUGCACAAAUUCUUCCGCAAAGAAUAUUUACCACACAGGUGUCCAAAACAAUGGAAGAGCUGGCCUUCCGUAAAAAACUGUUAUAAAGACACAAAUAAUUCAAUGACAUGGAAGGAUGCUGGAAAUUAUUGUAAGAAUCAAGGAGGAAGAUUGGCCACUUUGAAUACGCUUCAAGUAAAUUCUUUCGUUAAAAAUUAUAUAUCACAACACGGCUGUAAUGAUUGGUGGAUUGGACUUCGAAGAACGAAACACGGAUUCAUUUGGGAAAAUAACGAGAUUGUCCGAUACGUAGACUGGGAUAGAAACACAAAAUUUGAUUUUAACAAUACAGCUGGAUAUUUGAAAUGUAAUGGCUACAAUAUGUCAUGGUCAUUAGACAAUCCCAAUAAGAAAAAAAUGGGAAUUUGUGAGAUGGAAAUGAAUAGAGGAAGAGUGCGGACAAAAUUGGAAAAAGUUUCGGAUGGUGUUUUCAAGUGUUCUUCUAAUAAAAGAUUUUACAAGAGUGUUGCGUGGUAUAAAGAUGGAAUUAUUGUUAGAGGAAGCCGAGGAUUAAUGAAUAUCGACGACGAUUAUUUAAAUUUAACAGAAAAUUUACUUUAUACAAAUAAAAUUCUAGAGAAAGGCCAUCGUCAAGGUUAUUACUGGUGCGAGAUAUACCAAGAAGAUCCAUUUGUAUCUGUUACAUCUAAUAAAAUGCUUUUUACCUACAAAAAUAUAUGGACAUUUAGCGGAGAAUUUAUUUCUUUGAAGAUCUUCAAUCACUUAGAUCCAAGCACUUUAGAAUAUUGGAAUGAAGCUGUGAAGAUUGGAGAAAGAAUUGAAAAAUAUCUAUUGUCGAAAUUGAAAUUUCAAUCGGCUGUUUAUGUUAAUAAACUCUCGCGUGUAUCGCAGAAAACGAAAGUAGAAUUCCUAAUAUAUUUUCAAGUUUCUAUCAAAAAAAGUAGUAGAAAAAAGAUAGAUAAAGAAGUAUUUAUGAAGAAGUUACGAAAUUUUAUGAUCUCUAACAUAAAUUCAACUUUAGUAAUGAAAAAUUUAAAUAUAUUACCUGAGAGUUUGAAAAUCAGAAAUACAGAUGGUUGUUUUAGAGAGAUUACUGAAAUAGAAGGACAGACUUUAACUUGGCCAAGAAAAUAUUUCGGUGAAAUUGCUCUUCCCGAAGAAAAUUGCAUCACAGCAAAUCAACCGUUUAGUGGUUGCAUGCCAGGAUACAAAUUGUGGGGUUAUGACAUUUGUAUUCGAUUGUACAAAGAGAGAAAGAACUGGUUUGAUGCUUCUGAGGAAUGUGGAAAAGGACGUGGAUAUUUAUUUACUCUCAGUAUUGAUCCCGAUAUAUCCAUACAAGAUUUAAAUUCUUCAUUUGAUUUUGAAUUUCCAGAGAUGUGGCUCGGAGGAUAUCGAAAUAUUGGCCGUUUUCAAUGGUUAGCUUUUUAUCCAAAUAUUAUAAAUACAUCAAAAGAAGUUCGAAUAUAUUGGGGCAAAGACGAGCCUAUAUUAGAUAAUGAUUGUUUAAGUGGUGAAAUGAAAGAAGGAAAUCUAAUACUUUAUAGCAGAGGAUGCCACGAAAAGAAAUCAUUUUUGUGCAUGCACAAAUUCUUCCGCAAAGAAUAUUUACCACACAGGUGUCCAAAACAAUGGAAGAGCUGGCCUUCCGUAAAAAACUGUUAUAAAGACACAAAUAAUUCAAUGACAUGGAAGGAUGCUGGAAAUUAUUGUAAGAAUCAAGGAGGAAGAUUGGCCACUUUGAAUACGCUUCAAAUUGGUGGAUUGGACUUCGAAGAACGAAACACGGAUUCAUUUGGGAAAAUAACGAGAUUGUCCGAUACGUAG